AUGAGGGGCGGUGGAGCUCUAGGAGAGGAGCUAACAGGUCGACAGAACAGACAGCGUGCGGGCGGAGGAGGCGUGGCCGGCGCGCGCGGGAGGGAGGGCGGGGGAGCGGGGCUGGCCUGCCCGAGAGCCGGUCGGGCUACGAGCGCGGCGGCAGCGCGUCCCAGCUCGGCCCCGGUGCCACCCUCCAGUCCGCCGCGCUCCAGCCUGGGGUCUCGGGGCGGGAAGCGCAGCGAAGGGAAGCGGGCGCGGGCAGCAGAGCGGAGGGGUCGAGGCGCGCUGCGCUGCCGCCCGGUCCUCGCCGGAGCCGCGCGCAGCCCGCAGGGUCCCCGAGGCCGGGCCGCGCCCGCCGCCACCGGCCGGGCCGCGCUGCCCAGCGCCGGCUGCUGUCCCCUCCCUCCUGGCCGCAACUCCUCCUCCAGGCCUCGGCUGCUCCUUCUGCUGCUCCUACUGCUCCAGGACGCUGGAGCCCAGCAAGGUGAUGGAUGUGGACACACUGUACUAGGCCCUGAAAGUGGAACCCUUACAUCUAUCAACUACCCCCAUACCUAUCCUAACAGCACUGUGUGUAAAUGGGAGAUUCGAGUAAAGACAGGAGAAAGAAUUCGCAUCAAAUUCGGUGACUUUGACAUUGAAGAUUCUGAUUAUUGUCACCUUAAUUACCUGAAAAUCUAUAAUGGAGUUGGAGUCAGCAGGACGGAAAUAGGCAAAUACUGUGGUCUGGGUUUACACAUGAAUCAGUCGAUUGAGUCCAAAGGCAGUGAAAUCACAGUGCUGUUCAUGAGUGGAAUCCAUGCUUCUGGGCGAGGAUUUUUGGCUUCAUACUCAGUUAUAGAUAAACAAGAUUUAAUCACUUGUUUGGAUACUGUAUCUAAUUUUUUGGAACCUGAGUUCAGUAAGUACUGCCCAGCUGGCUGUCUGCUGCCUUUUGCUGAAAUAUCUGGAACAAUUCCUCAUGGAUAUAGAGAUUCUUCCCCAUUGUGUAUGGCUGGAAUCCAUGCAGGAGUGGUGUCGAACGUGCUGGGCGGCCAGGUCAGCGUUGUGAUUAGCAAAGGCACACCAUAUUACGAAAGCUCUUUGGCCAACAACGUCACCUCCACGGUGGGCUACUUAUCUGCGAGUCUGUUUACAUUUAAGACAAGUGGUUGUUAUGGGACUCUGGGGAUGGAGUCUGGUGUGAUUGCUGAUCCCCAGAUAACAGCAUCAUCUGUAUUAGAGUGGACUGACCACAUGGGGCAGGAGAACAGCUGGAAACCGGAGAAGGCCAGGCUGAGAAAACCUGGGCCUCCCUGGGCGGCUUUUGCCACUGAUGAGCAUCAGUGGCUCCAAAUAGACCUUAAUAAGGAGAAGAAGAUAACAGGUAUUGUAACCACUGGGUCUACCAUGGUAGAACACAAUUACUAUGUGUCUGCCUACAGAGUUCUGUACAGUGACGAUGGGCAGAAAUGGACUGUGUACAGAGAACCUGGUGUGGAUCAGGACAAGAUAUUUCAAGGAAACAAAGAUUAUCACAAGGAUGUUCGUAAUAACUUUUUGCCACCAAUUAUUGCACGUUUCAUUAGAGUGAACCCUGUCCAGUGGCAACAGAAAAUUGCCAUGAAAGUGGAACUGCUCGGAUGUCAGUUUACUCUCAAAGGUCGCCUUCCAAAGCUUACUCCACCUCCUCCUCGGAACAGCAAUAACCUCAAAAACACUACAGCUCAUCCCAAGCUAGGUAAAGGUCGUGCCCCUAAAUUUACUCAAGCACUCCAACCUCGAAGUAGGAAUGAGCUUCCUCUACAGCCGGCACAGACAACUACCACUCCUGACAUAAAAAAUACAACUGUAACUCCCAGUGUAACCAAAGAUGUCGCACUGGCUGCUGUUCUGGUUCCUGUGCUGGUCAUGGCCCUCACCACACUCAUCCUCAUUUUAGUAUGUGCUUGGCAUUGGAGAAACAGAAAGAAAAAAACUGAAGGCACCUAUGAUUUACCCCACUGGGAUCGGGCAGGUUGGUGGAAAGGAGUGAAGCAGCUUCUCCCUGCCAAGUCGGUGGAGCAUGAGGAGACGCCGGUGCGCUACAGCAAUAGUGAAGUUAGUCACCUGAGUCCAAGGGAAGUCACCACAGUGCUGCAAGCUGAUUCUGCAGAAUAUGCACAGCCCCUCGUGGGAGGAAUUGUUGGCACACUCCAUCAGAGAUCUACCUUUAAACCUGAAGAAGGAAAAGAAGCAGGCUACGCAGACCUAGAUCCUUACAACUCUCCAGUGCAGGAAGUGUACCAUGCCUAUGCUGAACCGCUGCCCAUAACGGGGCCUGAGUACGCAACCCCAAUCGUCAUGGACAUGUCAGGGCACCCCACAGCCUCAAUUGGUCUGCCCUCCACAUCCACUUUCAGAACUGCAGGGAACCAACCUCCCACUCUAGUGGGAACUUACAACACUCUUCUCUCUAGGACUGACAGCUGUUCCUCGGGCCAGGCUCAGUACGACACCCCAAAAGGUGGGAAGCCAGCAGCUACCCAAGAGGAACUGGUGUACCAGGUGCCACAGAGCACGCAAGAAGUAUCAGGAGCAGGAAGGGAUGAGAAAUUUGAUGCUUUUAAAGAAAUUCUUUGACAGUGGUGCUGCUUUUUACAAAGCAUCCAUUUAAAGCACAUGGCUUUUUGAUUCUUAGUGGUAGUAAUAGUAGAAUGUAUUACGUAUCUGUCACUGAAGCGGUUAGGGGAAUGUGGUGACCGAGGUACAAGAAACUAUUUGCCUUGCCAUCUUGCUUUAAAGGUGUUACUGUGUGGCACAGUUACUGCUUGCCUGUUACAUUUCAAACAUCCUGUUUGUUACUACUGUAAAACACUAUUUUUAAUACAGAAAAAGCUCCCUAUAAUGCACUUCAAAGAAACUGAAAGUCACUGACUAUUUAUUACCAAUGCUGCAGGUACAUUAAUGAACUUGUGAUGGUUCUGUAAGCCUUGCUGGCAAUGAUGCAUGGUACUGUUCUUGAAAUAUCGAAUGGCUUGAAAUUCUCCCUUUGUGAAGGUGGGUACUAUCGUGCUUUCCUUCUCCUUUACUCCUGUAUUACUGUCUGCAUUCUUUCUUUGCCCUCACCAGCGUCAGUGCCCCAUGAGCACUGUUCUAGCUGUGGCCACGUACACUUGUCAGUAUCUCCCUAGGAAGGUACGUAGUUAGACCAUCCUGCCUUGCAGUGAGCUGGGUGACUGACUUCUUGUGUGCUGACACACCUAACAGUAUUUACACCUCCUGGUACAGGACUUGGUCUGACGUCUGCUCACCCCACCCAGGAUCCUUUGUGGUCUCGCUCCAGCCUGUGUUCAUAAAUGCUGGUGGCCUCCUUUUCAGGAAGCCAGCCCUCUUCUCCACAUGGAAAUGGGAGAGAAGCAACUUACAAUUUAGAAAAGCUAUAAAGGGAAUCUUCUGCAUCACUGAAGUAAUAUGUAAAUCACUUUAGGGAAGAAAUCAAGGGGAGAGUAAAAUUUAAUCUUCCUUGCUUUAUUUACAGACAAGCCCAAAAAUUUGCAAAUUUCCUGUGCAUACCAAGGUAAUUUACAGUUUUACGCAAAUAUUUUUUUAAUUUCAAUUCUCUUCAAGUAAACCAUUGUAAGAAAAAGAAAACAAACAUGAGCCAGGUCUGAUGGUUCAAGCCUGCAAUCCCAAGUAGCUAGGAGGCUGAUACAAGAGGACCCCAAGGUCAAUGCUGUAUAGUCUACAGAGUGAGUUCAGGAUUAGCCUAGGCCACUCGUAAAAUAAGGGGUGGGGCUCUGUCUCAGUGGCUUAGUGCUCGAGUACAGCAUGUGAGGCCAUCGGUUCAAUCCCCUCUACUACAGAAAGAAAAAAAAAAGACAAGAUGCGUUCUCCAGGUCUGCCUUCUGUCUGGGAAGAGGCUUAAGUGGUCCUUUGUGUCAGACCAGGUUGACAGAGAUGCUAUAGCAUUGGAAUUCCAGGCAAGGUACUUGGCAGUGACUGAGCACGACCUGUGCUGCACUCAUGUCAGGUAGGGUAAAUUAGACAUUGUAGUGGAUUAGCCUGUAGGCUGGGAAUGUGACUGAAGCAGCGCAUCAGAUGAAAAUAUAAACUAUCCCUCACCACAAACCUCUUUGUAGAUUUAGAGUACACUCGGCCAUCAGGACCUAGACGGCUUCUCAGCUUGUACCAUCCAGGUUGUAGAAUUGCCAAACUUCGCCAUAUUUGGAUAGUGGUAAACAGUAUUGACUUUGCUUCCUUCCGCAAGUACAUCAGUGUUUUUAAAACGUUGCUCAGAACUGUUUGUGCAGGCUCCCUGCCACCUCCUCAGAUGACUUCUGUUGCUUUUAUUGUAAUUUGCCUUUUGUCUUACAGAGUUUGAGACACAAUCUCACUCCUUGUUGAAAAAUCAGUGCACAUUUUGUUUCAACGGAAUGAGGCAACACCACAGAUGCUGAACUUACACUAAAACAUUUAAGAAUGUGUAGAGCACAUGAUGCAGUUGUCCCCUUUCAGGGGGGAACAGAGCAAACCAUUUGCUAUUUCAUUUUUAUUCAUGCUUAGUGGGCAGAGCGUAGACUUUUCUUUGAGUCUUAUACCUGUUGGAAGCUUUAAGAGACGUUCUGAAGAUGAAGUUGUUUUCCCAAAGAAGCCUGCUAUUUUGUAUAACUGUGUGUCCCAGAACUGUUAAGAACAAAUCGAGGCCAUGUUUGUUGAUACGAUGUGCAUUUCGAGACUUGGGUCCUAUGGCCACUGUUCUUGAAUUCUACCAAUGGUCUUCAUAAAAUACCUAGUUGUUAUGUUUUUCUUUUGCAGAUAAAGAGCUGAGCCUGAUUCAAAUGAUUUUCCUUCUGGUUUUGUACUUUUCCUCUUAGUUUUUGUAUUAUAGACUAUCUUAAGUUCCUAGUCACUCACAUGUGUGGUACGUCUUGAGAAGACAAUCAAGUAAAAUGUGAAAGUAACCAUUGUUGACCAAACCCCUUGGUUAUUUUGUUUUGCUUUAAUUCUUUUCUUGAGAUAUUCAAUACUUAAGUCACUGUGGCUUAUUGGGUUUCUCUUUCCCUGAUAAUAUGGUUGAUUAUAGAAACAUAAGAGACAGCAGUGUGGCAAGUGCAGCCUUGGGAGGUUUCAGAGAAUGACACUAACUUGGCUGUCACUUGAUCCUUGUGACCAGCACAGAUAAGUGUGAAUUCUGGUUCGCAUUUUAUGAAAUGCUGUUUGUAGAUCGCAGUAGUCCCUGUUGAGAGAAACAGGGCUAGUCCACUUAUUUAAUUAAUGUUUCACUGUUUGCACUUUCCAUUGAACAAUGGCUUGAUUUGCUGUUCACACAGAGAAUUUAUACAGUCGUGACAGUUAUCGUGUGUUGUGUGUGUGCAUCUCCUCUCCCUGCCCCAGGGGUGGAGCAUUAAAAGAAGUUGUAGCCAGAAAGCUGUGGCAGGGAAUUGAGUCAGAGCUUCCAUGCCUGGGCUCCAUAUUGUCACCUGGAGAGCAGCAGAGUGGAAAAACAAGACAGACAAGACCACUAGAAAGAACCCAGAGAUUCUGGGGGCACUGGGAGGUUCCAAAUCCUCCAUGGAGCACUGACAGGGCUCUGUGUAAAAAGUUGUUAAUUCUGCCUUUUGGGUUGAACUUGAAAGUCCUCGAACUGCAAAAAUCUAGGGAGUUGGAUGGUUAUAGGGUAUUUAGGUUAACUGUGGCACCAAUCUCAAUUAGACCAAUUUAUGUGUAGUUUCUCUCAUUUUCCAUUUUUGGCACUGGGAAUGGUGAAAAUAAAAUAUGUUGAAAUAAAUACAGAAGUGGAAAUGGCUCAAGUGUCAGUGAUAUUCUCCCAGAAUGUAUUUUUCUUACCUCGGCAUGUACUGUAGUCACUUGAUAUUUGUAUAUGUUGCUAGAAUUUAGGCUGUUGAAAAUAGUGAGAUUCUAAUGUGUUUUUUAAUAAAUUAUAUAUGUGUGUCUUGCUCAGAUUAUUUGGAUUAAAUAAAACAGCCUUGACGUCA